GUACAUUUUCCACACUUGGCCAUUCUUUAGAUCUCUCUCUCUCUCAUAGUAUUAAAACCUUGCUCCAAAUGUUAUCCCCGGCUAAAUGUGAGUCAGAGGAGGAGCCCACUGCUGAAUUGGAUCUCCUCCACUCUUCUUCACCUAGAUCCGGGUUACCCGAACGUCUCUCCCUCGUCCCCACCGAAGCUGCUGCUGCUGCUGCUGCUGCUCAGUCUUCUACUCUAGAAGAACCCAUGAAGCUCUCCGAGGCAGAGAUGAGCACGAGCAGGAGAUCCACGAGGCUCAAUUGUGAUUCGCCUGGUGCUCGGAAGUCGCCGAGAUUUUUUACGCCGGUGGAUGGAAAGAUCGAUAAUGUGUCCUCUGUUCCGAUCACAAGAAAGACUGUGUCUAGUAAUAGAAAGAUUAGUAGUGCUCCCGUUAAGAAGGGAAGCUUAGACUCUGUCGGAUUGUCAUUCGAAGACAUAGCUGCGAUUGGCAAGAGCUUGGAGAUGGGUAUCGUUUCCGAGUGCCAGGAUAGCAACGCUCAAGGUAGAUCGCAAGUUCCGCCUAAGAGGAAACUUGACGACUGUGAUGCUGCAUUAUUAUCUUCAAGUAUCGAGCUUUCUAGCCAGAUCAACAAACGGACGAGGAGAUCUUCGAGGUUCACCACGGGGGUGGAGAAUCUAGGCGACAAGCCUGUCCCAUCCAUUACAUCUUCAAGGCUAUCUGGAACUUUUGAAAUUCGCCUGGGAUUAUGUGAUGCCAAACAGGUGAGAGGAACUGAGAAGCUAGUGCAAGUUAGGGAGAAUGGUAACUGCUAUGAAGGUCAUGGCCUUGUUUCAUCUAAGCAAGAGCUGUUAAAUUCUCCCACAGGUUGCGUCAAGACAACUGUAAAUGGUAGUAGGGUCAAGUCGUUAGGAAAACGCAGAUCUUCUGACCCAAAUGCUAGUGGUGUUCACACUAGCUCUUUGAAAAUUAGUCAAAAUGGUACGAGUAAUGGAUUAGUGACUGCUAGUGAUGCUGAUAACGGAGUAAGUGGGGAGAUGCAUGCAGAUGCUACUGUGAUCUAUCUUUCUGACGACGAUGAAGAGCCGCAGCACGUACAAGAUUCGGUUGAAUUUUUGUAUACGACAAGCUCUGAUGGAGAUGUUUUGAUGCAAGAUGCAAGUGGAUCUACCCUCUCCUCAGGGGAAAACGGGAGACAAGCACCACUGGAUCAAAAUACUCCAAUCAAAUCAACUAAGGGAAAGGGUGCGCGAGUGACCCGUAUUGCUGUCCGUGAAAAGCAUGAACAUGGUUCCUGCUUUUUCAUUGGAGAGCCAAUUCCUUGCGAGGAGGCUAAAGAAAGAUGGCGCUGGAGAUAUGACCUCAAGGAACGCAAGUCCAAGAGAAAAGGCAAACAGGCAGAAGAUGACGAAGACAUGAUUGUUUCAAAUGUGGAAUGCCAUUAUUCGCAAGCAAAAGUCGACAAUAAAACGUUUAGCCUUGGAGACUUUGCCUACGUAAAGGGUGAAGGAAAAGAGAGACUUAUCGGCAAGAUAAUAGAGUUUUUUAAGACAACAGAUGGCGAAAGCUACUUCCGAGUUCAGUGGUUGUACAGAGCAACGGAUACAGUAAUGCUGAAGGAGGCUGCUGAUCACGAGACAAGGCGUCUCUUCUAUUCUACUGUAAUGAAUGAUAAUCCAAUAGAUUGUCUUAUUUCUAAAGUUACUGUUUUACAAGUAUCACCUAGGGCAGGAUUAAAGCCCAAUUCUAUUAAAUCUGACUUUUAUUUUGAUAUGGAAUAUUGCGUGGAGUUUUCGACAUUUCGAACCUUGAGAAAUCAAACUUCCGAGAACAAGCUUGAAUGUUGCGCCGCCGAUGUGACACCUACAGAAUCCACUGAAUCUAUUUUGGAAAAUAAAAGUAAUAGCAAAGAAGAGCUUCUGGUGCUUGAUCUUUACAGUGGUUGUGGUGGAAUGUCCACUGGGUUGAAUCUUGGAGCCAAGGUUUCUGGAGUUGACGUUGUGACGAAAUGGGCUAUUGACCAGGAAUUGGCUGCUUGUGAGAGCUUGAAAUUGAACCAUCCACAUACGCAGGUUAGGAAUGAUUCUGCUGGAGAUUUCCUCCUACUUUUGAAGGAGUGGGAUAAAUUAUGCAAGCGCUAUGUGUGUAACGAUGGUGAUGGUCAGACGACUGUUACAUUAAACCCCGAAAAUUCAACAAAAGAAACCAGUGAAAGUAGCUCUUCUACUGACGAUGAUUCAGAACCUGAUGAGUACGAAGUUGAAAAGCUGGUUGAUAUAUGUUAUGGUGAUCCUGACAAGUCAGGAGAAUCUGGCCUGAAGUUUAAGGUGCACUGGAAAGGAUAUAGCAGCAACGAAGAUACUUGGGAGCCAGCAGAGGAACUGAGCAAUUGUGAAGAUGCCAUGCGCGAGUUUGUUACAAGAGGAUUCAAGAACAAGAUCUUACCACUUCCCGGCGGUGUUGGCGUGAUAUGUGGUGGACCUCCAUGUCAAGGAAUUAGUGGCUAUAACCGCCAUAGGGAUGUUGAUACUCCGUUGACUGAUGAAAGGAAUCAGCAAAUUGGAGUUUUCAUGGACAUAGUGGAGUAUCUGAAACCCAAAUUCGUGUUGAUGGAAAACGUUGUUGAUCUUCUGCGUUUGGACAAAGGUUCUCUUGGGAGACUCGCUUUGAGCCGUCUUGUGGACAUGAGAUACCAAGCGAGGCUAGGUAUCAUGACAGCUGGUUGCUAUGGUCUUUCCCAAUUUCGUUCCCGAGUUUUCAUGUGGGGUGCUGAUCCAGACAUGAAACUACCUCCGUUUCCGCUUCCAACCCAUGAUGUUAUUGUCAGAUAUGGGCUUCCUAUUGAGUUCGAGUGGAAUGUAGUUGCUUACAGUGAAGGCCAGCCAAGAAACGUCGAAACAGCUCUUGUUCUAAAAGAUGCGAUAUCAGAUCUUCCUCAUGUGUCAUACAACGAAACCCGGGAAAAAAUGUCUUACGAAAGUCUACCAGAGACGGAUUUCCAGAGAUACAUUAGAUCAACCAAACACGAAAUGACUGGCUCUGAGAUUGAUAGAUGUACAAAAAGGACGAUGCCACUGUAUGAUCACAGGCCAUCCCGUUUGUCUGAAGAUGAUUAUAACCGAGUUUGUCAAAUCCCAAAGAAGAAGGGAGCUAAUUUCAGGGAUCUUCCAGGGAUAAUCGUCAGAAACAAUACAGUCUACCGUGAUCCAUCAAUGGAACCUGUUCUUCUGCCAUCAGGAAAGCAUUUGGUACCAGAAUACGUCUUUACUUUUCAGAAAGGGAAAUCUAAAAGACCGUUUGGGCGUCUUUGGUGGGACGAGACAGUUCCAACCGUUCUGACAGUCCCAAGCUGCACCAAUCAGGUGUUUUUGCAUCCGGAGCAAGAUCGAGUACUAACCAUAAGAGAAGCCGCACGGCUUCAAGGUUUCCCUGAUUACUUCCAGUUCUGUGGAACCGUUAAACAAAGGUACCGUCAGAUUGGAAAUGCAGUGGCGGUCUCGGUUUCUCGUGCUUUGGGUUAUUCUCUUGGUAUGGCUUUCCGUGGUCUAGCCGGUGAUGAGAAUAUGAUAGAACUUCCCCAGAAGUUUUCUCAUUCAAGUUACCUUCAGCUUCAAGAAACCAGUCCUCACUAGAAAUUAUAUAGUUCGACUUGGAAAAUCAAUAGCAGACCUUUUACCAUUUAUUUUCUCUACAUGAGGGUUGAGCUAAACGAAGACGUUCUGAGCUCAAACUCUUAUCAUUUUUUUCUCAUCGAACUACAAAUUUUGUUGAUUAGUUAUGACUGAUAAAACCAUGUUUAAAUAUAUUUUAUUUUCUUUUA